UACAGCGCGCUCUCGUUGACGUGCACGCGGCUAUGUUGAAGUGGGAGUAGCUAAAUCUAUACGUGCAGUUUACAUUAAUCCUCCAAUCAAGAUGACGACUGUCUCUGUUCUGAAGAGCAUCAGUUUCUAGUCCAGCUAUGAUCUGAGAGGAGAUGAUAGCGGAGCCAACUUUAUUGUCCAGAUCGGUGCAAAAAGAGAACUCAGUAGUUGACGUCUCUUCCUGUGCAUCGGUGCAUCACGUUUCAAGUGAGAGAAAUGAAAACAGACAGAAGACUGUGAGAGGAAAGAGGAAAGCCCGGGAAUGCUCUGAGAAUGCCAAAAGAAAGCAUUCAAAGAGCAGUAAUGGCAGCCUGGGCAGAGCAGAGAACGAACAGCUCAAAAAUGGAGACGUGGAAGCCGUCACACUGUUUGAGGUGGUCAGCAUGGGGAGGAACGCAAUGCAGGCUGUGGUGGAUGACUGGAUCGACGCUUAUACUGGCGACAGAGACUCAGCACUGCUCGAUCUCAUCAGCUUCUUUAUCCAGUGUUCAGGAUGCAAAGGGAUGGUUACAGCAGAGAUGUUUCAGAGCAAAAAGGGUGCUGAUGUCAUGAGUAAAAUGGUGGAGGAUUUGGAUGAGGACACAGGUUUACAAUAUAAGAAGUUCCUUGCAUUUCCAUGGAUUUUAACUGUCACGUGGCCUCUUGACAUGGACAGUGGCGAGUAUCCUCUCAUCAUGUCAGGCCUGUACUGGAAGAGGUUUCGUUCACACUUCUGUGAAUUUGUAUCGGUGCUAGUGGCCCAGUGUCAGAACUGUGUAAUCUUCGAUGGCUACCUCUUGAACACACUCAUUUCACUACUGACAGAGCUCUCCGAUUCCAGAGUUCGCGCAUUCAGGCACACCUGUACACUAGCAGCAGUGAAGCUGCUCAGUGCUUUGAUAAAUGUGGCUCUCAACCUCAGUAUCAGUGUCGAUAACAGUCAGCGGCUGUACGAGGUCGAGCUGGCCAAGAUGGCCAGCAAACGGGCUUCUCCGAGGCUGGACAGAAUCCAGAGGAAGAUCAGUGAGUUACAGGACAGGAAAUGUGAAAUUGAGAACAUGAUGGAUGCCAUUUUCAAAGGAGUCUUCCUGAAGAGAUACAGAGACGUGAUUCCUGAAAUCCGGGCCAUCUGCAUGGAGGAACUGACAGUGUGGAUGAAGCUGUAUAGUUCCGUGUUUCUAAAUGACAGCUAUCUGAAGUACGUGGGAUGGAUGAUGCAUGACAAGCAACCUGAUGUGCGUCUGAAAUGUGUGCUGGGUCUACAGGCCCUUUAUCAGGAUCAAAGUAGUUCUAAAAUGGACCUUUUCACGAUACGGUUUAAGGAGAGGAUGAUCUCCAUGACUCUGGAUAAAGACCAUGAAGUGGCCAUACAGGCCAUGAGAUUGCUCAUGGUCAUCUCUCAAUCCUGUGAGGAUGUUCUGGGUCCUGAUGACCACAAGAAUGUCUUCCAGUUUGUGUACUGCUCCCACAGACCUCUAGCUACCACUGCGGGUGAAUUCCUCUAUAACAGGCUGCUCAGUAACCAUGAAUUAUCAAAGCCCAGAGAUGGAGCCUCUGAUCAGGAGAGGCACAGAGAGUUACUCUUAGCUAGAGUCCAAGCCCUGAUCAACUUCCACACUGAGAAUGAGCUGCACCAGCAUGUGUUGUACCUCGUGGAUAGUCUGUGGGACAGUGCAGGGGCUCUGCUGAAGGACUGGACCGGUCUUACCUCACUGCUCUUACCUCACACGUCCUGUCAGGAACAAGCUACAGCUCUGAGCAGUGCUGAGGAGGCCUUCGUGAUUGAGCUCAUUUCGGCGUCAGUGAGGCAGGCUGCAGAGGGGCCUCCGUUGUCAGGGAGAGGAGCAGGUAAAAAGGUCGUAAAUACUAAAGAGAAAAAGAUACAAAUUGAUGACUGCACAAAACUCACUGAACACUUCGUUAAAGUGCUGCCCGAGCUGUUAUCCAAGUACUCAGAGGAUGCGGAAAAACUCAGCUCCCUUCUAAAAAUACCUCAGUAUUUCCAAACGGACGCCUGUGAUCAUGAAAACUCACAGUGUGUGCUGGCAUUGCUGGCUCAGCUGGAGGCUGCGGUGGACAGACACACAGAUGUUGGACUGCUGGAGGCGGCUGCUCGUUCUUACCAGAGCCUCUGUGCUCAGGACUUGCCCUGGCACUCUCUGGCCCGGCCCAGCUUUGACCGGCUCAUCCAGCACUGGACAGACACACUGGGAACACGGUUAAGAGAAUCACUGUGUGAUGGUUGUUUCACUGGAAACGAGGACAGCACUUUGGAAAUUCUGUCCACACUGAAGAAACUUAAUGCGUUCAUUGUUGCUCAGGAUCUGUCUAAAUGGAGCCUGUAUGAGCUGGGGACCAGACUCCUGGAUGUGGAGAUAAAACAUAGUGCUCUUCCCAUGGAGGUGACAAUCGAGGCUCUGCGCUGCAUGUGUAGCUGCAUCCUUUGGAAGCUCAACACCUUUGGAGAAGGAUUGACCUCCAGGGAGUCCGCCCUCCAGCAGAGAAGCCAGCUACGUGCCUUCUGUGAGAAAUGUCACCGCUGUCUCUCGCACGCUGAGCAGCUUGUACGAGAGCAAGCCUUCAUGUGUCUGAGUGAUGUUCUCAUAGCUCAUAAUUACCAGCUUCAGAUGUGGGACUCGUCUGCAGGCACUCCGUUGCUGUACACCCCUGAUCCCAAACUCCAGAAAGCUCUUCUUUCCUUCGUUGUGGAGCAUGUCUUCACCAGCCCCGAGCAGGACACCCACAGUAGUAAAGUCAGUGAGAGUGAGUGUGGAGACGGACGGCUGGAAGACUUGCACCGGCGGAGGAAUCUUCUGGCGGCGUACUGCAAGCUGAUAGUGCACAGUGUGCUAGAGAUGAGCAUGGCUGCGGAGCUUUUCAAGCAGUAUGUGAAGUUCUACAAUGACUUCGGCGACAUCAUCAAAGAGACCCUGAACAGGACACGGCAGAUGGACAAGAUGGAAAGCGCGCGCACCGCUGGUGCAGUUGCCUUCAGCAGGUAUGGAGGCUGCAGUCCUUCACCGGCGCUCUCUCUCAUGUGA